AUGGUUCAUCUGAAAGCAGCUGCUGUCAAGGUUGACGCCAAAGAUGUGUCGCCAGCAUGGAAGGUGCUUCAGAUGAAGCUGAAAGAGCAACAAGAGGCGAUGGAAUCUAAGGAAAAAGGAGAGGACUCGGAUCCCACUGCAGCGGUGCUGAAGGGUUCUCGCUCUCGUAAGAGGAAGCGUAAGGAAGCUUUCGGAAAUGCAGGAAAUAACGAUGAACCAAAAGCCAAGAAAGAUAACGAUGUUCCUGUUGUUCUUCACGAUCGUAGCAUAGGAGAGCCGACUCCGUUAAUCGCCCUCGACUGCGAAUAUGUCGGUGGCGGCAUGGACGGAAGUGAGGAUUUGCUUGCACGAGUAUCCAUUGUUAAUCAGGAAGGCAAAAUAGUGUACGAUAAAUACGUGAAACCACGAGAACGCGUUACUGAUUUUCGUACAAGUGUUAGUGGAAUUCGACCUGCUCACAUUGCCACCGGUUCACCAUUCGACGUUGUGCAAAGAGAGGUUGCUUCGAUUCUCAAAGAUCGUACCGUUGUGGGACAUGCGCUUCAGAAUGAUUUUCGUGUCCUUAAUUUCCAUCAUAACAGAAAAUUGACUCGUGAUACUUCCAAGUGUGUAAUCUUGCGGAAUAUGGCGAACUGCAAUGGAGUCCCGUCAUUAAAGAAGCUGGCUAACACUGUUCUCGGCAUUGAGAUUCAACAAGGAGAGCACGACUCUGUGAUCGAUGCUCGUGUUGCACUUCGGUUGUAUCUGCUUGUGAAAAAGAAGUGGGAGAACGAUUUAAAACGAUAUCGUCAUUAA